AUGUCUAACCAGCCCUUCUCCUUCCCUCCUCCGCCACCACCUCCUCCCAAGCGAACAACAGACAGCACAUACCAGCCGCACCAAAACCAAGGCUAUCAGAAUGGCAGAGGCUCAUUUAGAGGUGGGCAUGGCUACAGAGCCACGUCGAGAGGAGGUCGUGGUGGCCGCGGCGACCGUCGGGGAGGAGGACAGGGCAAUUCUAUGAAUCAUGGCCAGAACUGGUCGAACCCAAGUAGACCGUCGCACAACGGUCCACCCCGAGGCGGCCAGUUCCAGGGACAUCAGAAGAGAGACUACAAUACUGCAUUCGUACCGACGCAACAGCAGCAGCAGCAACACCGUCCACGCCCUACAGCUCCGCCUGCGGUCCCUAACUUCAAUGCCCCAAUUCAACAUCUUCUGGCUCGUCAGCCAUCUACUGGACAGCCGAAUCAGAAGCCAUCGGACCCGCAGAAACCCGGACAGAAGAAGCAGAACCUCCUUGGCCUCACACCUGCAAAGUUCGAGCGAGAUUCAGACCCGGAGGACGAUGAAGACGAAGAGCAGCGACUGGCAGACCAAACGGCUUCAGUCUCGUCCGGAUACGUAUUCGAAUACAAUGGCAACCCGCUCCUGCUACGGAGCCGCGAAGAGAUUCUGGCCUGGAUAGCGGAGAGAAAGCGACGAUACCCCACCGAAGCAAAGCGAGAAGCGGCGAGGAAAGAGGCGGAGCUCAAGAAACGGAAGCGUGAAGAGGAAUAUCAAGCCCGGCUAGAAGCCAGGAAAGAGGCACAGAUGAAGAGAGAGCAGGAAAGGGCAGAACGGCAGAAGGCGAAAGAGCAGGAAAGAGCGAAGCGCCAGAAGGUGAAAGAGCCAGUCAAUAAACGACGCGUCAAGGACGAAGCUCCAGUAGAUGAGACCAGUCGUGCAAUGCUCAAAGCCGAGAAAUUGAGGAAAAGGGCAUUCAAAGCGCAACAAGAUCUCGAAAAGGCCGAGGAAGCGCUGCAGCUCGCUCAGUCUAAGAAGGACGGAGAGGCUCUACCAGUACCGAGUGAUGACAUCGCAAGUCAAGACCCGUCGUUGCAGCCACUCGACCCGCUACCGACUCCAGUCGCUGCACUGGGUGAAGACGAGACGUCCUCGUCCGGUUCAUCCACCACAGACUCUGACUCCGAUUUCGAUACCGACUCAGAUAAUACUUCUCCAGACUUAGAUUCGGAUUCGGACGCAGACUCGGCUCCAGAAGUGACGAGCACGAAACAGCAACACCACACCCGUGAUACUCUGGCUCUGGCUUCCGAUGCGCAAAGAGCCAAAGCCAAGGCUCCGCGGCUUUGCCAGCAUCUUGUCAAGUACAAAACUUGCAAGUACGGGUCGAAUUGUCGGUACUCGCACGAUCUAUCACAGAAGGGUCGGCGAGCCGCUGCUGGUAUGCAGGACCGGGCCAAGUCGGGUGGAGUGUUGCCGUCCAAGGUUUCUGAGCCCAUAAGAAGGAAAGGGCUGUGGGAGGUGAUGGUUGAGAAGGAACAAGAAGAGGAGAGGAAGCGGGUCCUCGAAGCAAUCAUCGUGCUGGGGCAAAGAGGCUUGCUUGAUGAUCCGUCACAGGGAGUUGGGCCAGAACCCAAGUCGAUGCCAGAGCAAGGUGAUUCGAUGUAA